AUGAAUGACGUCAGGGAUUUAGUUGUUUUGGUCACCGGCGGUUCGAACGGCAUUGGGGCCGGUAUAGUGCGAGCUGUUUUGGCUCGUGGAGCAAAGCAUGUUGCCAUAUUAGACAUCAAUGUAACACAAGGGAAGGCUUUGGAAGCUGAAUUGAACUUAAAGUAUGGUGCCAAUAAAGUUAAAUUUAUAAAGUGCGAUGUAACUACUAACGAACUCCAUACAGCCUUCGACGAAGCCGUUCAGCUCUUUGGGUAUUUGGACGUGGUUAUUAAUAAUGCUGGUAUUAUGAAUGAUAGUCCCCAAACAUAUGAAAAGCAAAUAGCAAUCAAUGUUACAGCUGUGAUAACAGGAUCAUUGAAGGCUUACGAAAUAAUGCGUAAAGAUAGAAAUGGGAAAGGAGGCACAAUUAUCAAUAUAUCCUCUGUCGUCGCUCUAAUCCAAAGCUCUUUACUCCCUGUUUAUAGUGCAACGAAGAGCGCUGUCUUGCAGUUCAGCAAUUGUCUUGGAAAGAAUGAUACUUAUAAUAGAACUGGAGUACGCGUGGUGACUGUCUGCUUUGGUGCGACUGAUACAAGUUUAAUUGCUAAAGUUGGAUGCAUCGACGAGGAAAUAGAAAAAAUGGUGCCAGCAGCAUUGGAAAGAAUGCCAUUACAAGGAGUUGACGCUGCUGUGUCAGGCUUCAUACACGCGUUCGAAAACGGUGCCAGCGGCAGUACAUGGCUGGUGACAUCUGGAAGACCUGCUGAAGAAAUCACUGGAAACGUCACCAAGGCAUACGAAAUAUUGAGUCAAGGUGUAUACAAAUAA